AUAGAAGUUAUACGAUUUAAAAAAAAAUAAUAUAAGUUUGAUAUAAUAUUAAAACACCUAAGGAAUACUUUAAAACAAACUUUUAUAUUCAAUUAUAAUACUAUAAACGUUUUUACCAACACAUUCACACGUUAAGCUAAAAAAUAUUAUGGAAAAAUCAACAUCGAUUUUAGUGUUUUUUGUCAACGGUAAAAAGGUUGUCGAAUCAAAAGCAGAUCCGCAAUGGACACUAUUAUAUUAUUUGAGAAAUAAAUUGAGUUUAAUGGGAACUAAAUUGGGAUGUGCCGAAGGAGGAUGUGGAGCGUGUACAGUAGUGAUAUCCAAAUACGAUAGGAUGAACAACCAACCCUUACAUUUAGCCGUCAAUGCUUGUUUAUGUCCAGUUGUCAGUAUACACGGUUGUGCUGUAAUUACCGUUGAAGGUAUAGGCAGCACUAAGACCAAAUUGCAUCCUGUACAAGAACGAAUGGCGGCUAGUCACGGAUCGCAGUGCGGUUUUUGUACACCCGGUAUUGUGAUGUCGAUCUACGCCAUGCUAAGGGCUUUAGACAGACCACCUAAUGAUAAAGAUCUAGAGUACGCGUUACAGGGGAAUCUGUGUAGGUGCACGGGCUAUAGACCAAUUUUGCAAGGAUUAAGAACAUUAAUGAGUGAGGAUUACAUUAUCAGUAACAGAUGUGCUAUGGGCGAGCUUUGUUGCAAAAAGACGAAAAUAUUUGAAGAUCAUCCCACUGACACAUUUGACGCCUCCGAAUUUUCGCCAUACGACCCGACUCAAGAACCAAUAUUUCCACCGGAACUCAUUAUAAACAAAAGAUAUGACGAAGAGUAUCUGAUAUUUAGAGGAAACAAAAUAACGUGGUACAGGCCAACUACGCUCCUUGAACUAUUGGAACUCAAAAAUAAGUUUCCAAAAUGCCGGCUUAUUGUUGGAAACACAGAAGUGGGAGUUGAAGUAAAGUUCAAAAACUGUCAGUAUCCCGUGAUGAUACAGCCGACUAAAAUACCAGAGUUAAAUGUCAUACAAGUUUCAGAAAAAGGACUUACAGUAGGAGCAGCUGUAACAAUUCAAAAAUUCGAAACUGAACUAUCAUAUUUGGCUAUGAACAUGCCGGAUUACAAAAUUCAAGUAGUAAAAGCUCUACUGGAUAUCAUACCUUGGUUUGCUAGUAAACAAAUUCGAAAUGUGGGAUGUAUUGCAGGGAAUAUUGUAACUGGAAGUCCUAUAUCCGAUUUGAACCCUAUACUUCUAGCCGCUCGUUGUCAAUUGAAAGUUGAAAGUCUUCGAAAUCGUCAACGACUUUUGACCAUGGAUAGUUUGUUUUUCACUGGCUAUCGGACAAAUAGCAUUCUCGCGGAUGAAGUAGUCAUAGAUUUGUUCAUUCCGUUCACUACAAAAAAGACAUUUUUCAAAGCUUUUAAACAGUCGAGAAGAAAAGAAGACGACAUAGCUUUGGUUAACGCCGCUUUUUAUAUAGAAAUUUCAGAGAAUGUGGUAAGAGAUGUGGAAAUCGUUUACGGUGGCAUGUCGGCCACUGCAAUUUUUGCAAAUAAAUCUAAAUCAUUUUUGAUUGGUAACCAAUGGUCAGAAAAUAUAUUGAACGAGGUGUAUCUAAAGUUACUCCAAGACUUACCACUAGCUCCCAAUGCACCGGGUGGUAUGGUGCUGUACCGAAAAACUUUAGCUUUAAGAUAUGCGGUGGACAACUUACAUGAUUCGAGAGUACCAAAAUAUGCUCAAUACUUUCAAAUAACUCCACAUUCACAAAGUCUUGAUGAUCCGGUGGGUAGGCCAUUCGUACACGCGUCAGCAAAACAGCAAACAACUGGGGAAGCGAUUUACUGUGACGACCUACCGCACUUGACCGGCGAACUUUUUUUGGCGGUUAAGACAUCAACACAUUCGCAUGCUAAAAUUACCACCAUAGAUUACAGCAAGGCUUUAUCCCAUCCUGGAGUUAUAACUAUAGUAGACGAAAAAGACUUACCGGGGGACCGUAACAUGGUAGGCGUGACGCCGUUAAAAGACGACUACGUAUUCGCCCGAGAAAAGGUAUUCUAUUUUGGACAAAUAAUUUGUGCGGUGGUGGCUGUGGAUCAGCUUGUAGCACAAGAAGCAGUACAUUUAAUUCGAGUGGAGUAUGAAGAGCUAAGACCAAUUGUUACUAUCGAGGAAGCUAUUGAAGAGCAACGUUUUCAUAACGGCCGAUGUUCGUAUUGGGAAAAAGGUUCAGUGGAACAAGGGUUCAAAGAGUCAAAACAUUCUCUGAAAGGUACCUUAAGGAUGGGCGGCCAAGAACAUUUUUACUUAGAAACUCAAAGCUGUAUGGUCAUACCUUCGAGUGAACAUAAUGAAAUCGAAGUGAUAAGCUCGACACAAUCACUCAGUGAGCUUCAGGGAAUCGUCGCUCAUUGUUUAAAUAUUCCGGCUAACCGUGUAGUGUGCAAAACAAAGCGCAUUGGUGGAGGAUUCGGCGGUAAAGAAACUAGGGCGUUUAUUACUACUGCUCCAUGUGCUGUUGCUGCUAUCAAGACGGGAAAACCUAUCCGAUGCAUGCUUGACAGACACGAAGACAUGUUAAUCACUGGCGGUCGACAUCCGUUUUUAUGUCAGUAUAAUGUGGGAUUUAACGGAGACGGUAAAAUUCUUGCUCUAGAUGUCACCGCUUAUAACAACGCAGGAUAUUCAUUGGAUUUGUCUGCAGAAACGAUGGAGAGAUGUGUAGCCCACAUUGCCAACGUCUACUACGUUCCAAACCUAAAAGUAUCCGGGUACGCUUGUGCUACAAACUUACCAUCCAACACUGCUUUCAGAGGGUUUGGAGCGCCCCAAGGGAUGUAUUUCGCGGAAGCUAUUGUUGAAAGAAUUACCAAAGAGUUCGAAAUUAAUCCAAUUGCAGUGCGAGAACUAAACUUUUUUCAGGACGGUCAGAUAACUCAUUACAAUCAAAUGGUACCGAGCUUCACAGUCAAGCAUUGUUGGGAAGAAGUGAUAAAAAGAUCAAAAUACGAGUCAAAAUUAAACGAAAUCGAGCGAUUUAACAAAAAAAAUAGAUGGAAAAAGAGAGGCAUAUCCGCCAUACCAACAAUGUAUGGCAUAGCGUAUGCUGGUCAUUCCAAGUUUCUCAACCAAGCUGGUGUAUUGUUGCAUGUCUAUUUGGACGGGUCGGUGUUGUUAGCCCACGGUGGAGUAGAAAUGGGCCAAGGACUUCAUACGAAAAUGAUACAAGUAGCCAGCAGAGGAUUGGGUAUUCCGCCGGGCAUGAUACACAUUAAAGAAACAAGUACGGACAAGGUGGCCAAUAUGUCACCAACCGCCGGCAGUUUUAGUUCUGAUUUGAACGGCAUGGCUGUACUGGAUGAUAUUUUUCAGAACGCCUGUGAAGUUCUCAAUAAAAGACUAGAACCGUAUAAGAAGCAAAACCCGAAUGGUUCGUGGAAGGAAUGGGUGAAUUCCGCUUAUUUCGAUAAGAUCAGCCUUUGGGCUCAGGGAUUCUACGCGAACAACGUUGUAGGAUCUACAACUGAGCAAGGAACUGUAAACCAUUACAUGUAUUUUACUAACGGAGCUGUCGUUUCCUGUGUGGAAAUAGACUGCUUGACGGGGGAUCAUGAAGUUUUAAGCACGGACAUAGUGAUGGACGUUGGACAGAGCUUAAAUCCAGCCAUCGAUGUGGGGCAGAUCGAAGGUGCUUUCAUGCAAGGAUAUGGGUUGUUUACGUUAGAAGAACUCGUGUACAGCCCUAAAGGAAUGUUGUACACCCGAGGUCCCGGUACAUACAAAAUACCAGGAUUUGCAGACAUACCAGUAGAGUUCACUGUGUCGUUAUUAAAAGGUUCUGAUAACCCUAGAGCCGUCUAUUCGUCAAAAGCUAUUGGUGAACCCCCCUUGUUUUUAUCGGCUUCGGUAUAUUUCGCUAUAAAAAACGCUGUAUAUGAGGCCAGGAAAGACGCCGGCAUCACAGGAUACUUUAGACUAGACCCACCGGCGACUGUAGAAAAGAUACGAAUGGCGUGCCAAGACCACAUCACUAACAAACUGCAGUUAACCGACAACGUUGAGAAUAUCGACUGCCCAUGGAAUACAGUCGUUUAAAUAACUGAUAUUUGUACGGCAAAUUACACAUAGUGUAUUUAAAGAAUGCAUCUGCAAAUAGUACUUUCACUAUAUAAUUAUACAUAAUAUAUGAUGUAAACGGUGGUUUGCUAAUUGCUUUUUAAAAAUUGUUUAUAUAGUUUCUAUGUAAAAUUGUCAAACUACCACGUGCCACCUUAUAUACAGUAUACUGUGUACUGUGUAAAAACAACUUAUAUUCACCUUGUACAAUAAAUAUAUCUUUAGGCUAUAAAUUUAUAAAUUUAAAUUAUUUUCUAUUGCGAUAUUCGAUGGCCAAAAAGAUAAUUUUUAAAACACAACUUAAAAAAAUAGUUGCAUUCAAUAAGAAAAUUAUUGAAUCCAUAUCUCGUUUUAUUUUGAUCUAUGCAUAUGAUACCUAAAUGUAAAAAUUCUUCGAUUGUCUUAGUCUGAGGAAUUACAUUAGGUAUUCCUUGCUAUCAGUAGUUAAAUUUUAACAGGACCGACUAAUAGGUCACUGUAAAUUUCAUAAAUCCUAGUUAAAUUCACGAAACUGCAGAGAGUGGUUUUAGAAAAUAUUUCAAUUAC